UUGUCGACCUCCUCUACUGGAGAGACAUCAAGAAGACUGGCGUGGUGUUUGGCGCCAGCUUGUUCCUGCUGCUCUCGCUGACGGUGUUCAGCAUUGUCAGCGUGACGGCCUACAUUGCCCUGGCGCUUCUCUCGGUGACCAUCUGCUUUAGGAUCUAUAAGGGCGUGAUCCAAGCCGUCCAGAAGUCAGAUGAAGGUCACCCGUUCAGGGCAUAUCUGGAGUCAGACGUCGCUGUGUCUGAGGAGCUGGUUCAGAAAUACAGCAAUUCUGCUCUCGGCCACGUGAACUGCACCGUCCAAGAACUCCGACGCCUCUUCUUAGUGGAUGAUCUCGUUGAUUCUCUGAAGUUUGCAGUGUUGAUGUGGGUGCUCACCUACGUCGGUGCCUUGUUCAACGGACUGACCCUCCUGAUUUUAGCCCUGAUUUCACUCUUCAGCGUGCCAGUUAUUUAUGAACGGCAUCAGGCUCAGAUAGAUCAUUGCUUCGCACUUGCGAGUAAGACUGUUAAAGACGCUGUGGCUAAAAUUCAAGCGAAGAUCCCUGGAUUGAAGCGCAAAGCCGACUGAGAGUCCAGGGCGCUCGGCACUAGGGGCUCAUCUUCCCAGGAAUGCGCUUUGAAUGGCGGGGGGAGGACGCCUGGACAUUGCCAUGCAGUUUCCCAGAUCCAUUGAGGAGUCUGCCUGCCUUGACUGCGCUGUGCUCCGCAUCGCAAGCAUUGUGAGCUGCUCCGUGUGGAUUCAACCUGUCGUGUUACUUUGUGUUUCCUGUGGGAGGGAGGCACUGGUGAGAGAUUUGAGGAAGCUGUGUGUCACACUGUCACAGGCCGUCGUGCUGUCUUUGGGGAAGUUGCAGAGAAAAUGAAGCUGGGGGGAAAAAAAACCCAAAAAAUCCCUUUCACAGUUUGUGCACUGCGUAUGGUCCGUGUAGGUUGAUGCAGAGUUCCUGAAAUGAGAUGUUUAGACGAGAUCA